AUGAACUCCCCCUCACCGUCUCUGUUCUGCUCGGAACCCAACUGUAUCCCUCCAAUUGCCGGUCUGUGGCCACUGCCAGUGCCCCGCGCCCCUCCCCGCGCGAGCUCCCGCCUCUGCACCCGCAACAGGCUGAGGGCCGCCACCUGCCGGGACCGGCAGGAGCACACGGCUGCGGAGCGGGGCAGGACUGGGGACAGCACCUUUUAUCCCCGGACACCCCUGGAAGCGUGCUGGCGGCUGGGCCGCCCGGGCGUGGUGGUGGCGCUGACAGCUGCGCUCCUGACCGCGGGCUGGGCCAGCCAGUACAACCAUGUGAGCUACCUCGGCUCGCUCCCAAGCAGCAGCUUCUACGCCAAGCCGCCACAGUAUGUGGACAUUGCAGCAGACCUGUGGCUGUGCCACAAUGUGGGCUACAAGAGGAUGGUGCCGCCCAACCUGCUCAAGCACGAGACCAUGGCGAAGGUGAAGCAUCAGGCCAGCAACUGGGUGCCCCUGCCUAAUAAGAACCGCCACAUGGGCACGCAGGUGCAAGCCCCUCCGCGUCUCUCUCUCUGCUUGCUCUUCGCGCCCGUCUGCCUCAACCUGCCCAUCUACCCCUGCCGCUGGCUCUGGGAGGCUGUGUGCAACUCUUGCGGCCCACCACGCAGUUUCUUCAGCUUCUGCUGGCCCGAGAUGCUCAAGUGCGACAAGUUCCCCAAGGGGGACAUCUGCAUUGCCAUGACCCCACCCAAUGCCACCAAAGCCUAA